ACUACUGGACCAGACUUUGACCCAAGUGUCUUUUUACUGGACUGCUUGGCAGAGUCUCCAUGACCGCUGGUGUAUUGGACGCUUUUCCAUUUCCAGCGAACCCGAAUCUGAACUACAAAUGGAGGGUUGCUGUGAGGAGAGUUGAGAAAACCACGAAAAAUUUGUGGAAACCGAUGAGGCAUUCUAAAGUCCGCAGCGAUCACUUCGGAGAGGACGACUAUACUAGCACAGAUUUAAACGAAAGAAAGAGACUCAAGGUUGACGCUAUUCCUUCUAUUUUCCCCUUCAACGAUCGUCAGCUUUCUUCAUCUCCUCGUGAAGACCGGGCUAAACGCCGCCGUCUUACUGCUAACUCUACAGGAACAGUAGAGCUUCAUGUGCCAGCUGCUGCUGAGGAAGUAGAGCUUGAUUACUCCCCUCCCGAAGAGGAUUCACCGAAGGUCGAGACAUCUCAGGACUCGCAGACGACGGAUUCAGCAUCUCAGUGCUCACUUCUAAGUGUCUCAAAUGCUCGAGAAAGCAUUCAACUUUAUGAACAUGACAAUUCUGCUGUACAAUAUUUCACUGGUUUUGAUAGCUACAUACAUUUUAAAUUAUUCAUCAGUGUACUUGGACCUGCCAUUCACCAUUUGAGCUUUAAAUGUCAUCUGAUUUCUCCAGAAGACCAGUGCUUCAUGACACUUAUGAAGCUCAGGCAGUGUUUUGAUGAUGCGUAUCUUUCGAUAAGGUUUAAGGUGUCUCUGUCAACAGUGUCAGACAUAAUUAAUACUUGGAUAAAUUUUUUUUUCCAACUGAGCGAAAUCAACAUGUGGCCAGAUCGGGAAACUAUUGACGCGUAUAUGCCAACUAAUUUCAACAAACUGUUCCCAAACACAAGAGUUAUUUUAGAUGCAACCGAGACUCCUAUUCACAAACCAAGUAGAGUUGAUGACCAGAGUGUUACAUUUUCUACAUACAAAAACAAGAACACUUUAAAAACGAUGAUCGGCUGUAGCCCAAGAGGCCUUGUUACUUAUGUCAGUGAUAGCUAUGGUGGUAGCAGCCAGUUGACCGUCAAAUUAUUGAGAGGUCGGAGGCUGUGUAGUGUGCCUAUGUUUGACAGGGUGACAGCAUCAUGUCAGAUAGAGGAAUUAUGGUUCAGGAUAUGUUUGCUAGUAAAGACGUGCAUGUAA